AUGGCGGCUCUUAAGUUACUGCAGAGAGUCAAGGAGCUUAACUAUCUAGUUCUCGAGUGUUUGGCAGAGCGAACUCUGGCGGAUCGGUACCGGAUUUUGGUGUCAGGAGGCAAAGGAUACGACCCUAGGGUCAAAGAGUGGAUGUCUUUGCUUCUACCCUUGGCUUUUGAACGGAAAGUUUGCAUCAUAACUAACAUGGGGGCAAUGGAUCCUGUUGGAGCACAGAAAGAAGUACUGAACCUGGCAUCUGUCUUGGGACUGGAGAUAACAGUUGCCGUAGCUUAUGAAUCAUCCUUUAAAACUCAAGGAAGCCCUGUAUUGUCCGAUGAAUCAACAGGAGGGAGAGGGGGAAGUAGCACAUAUCUUGGGGCAGCUUCAAUUGUACAUUGCUUGGAAAACUAUAAACCACAUGUUGUCAUUACUUCACGGGUUGCUGAUGCUUCGCUCUUCUUAGCACCUAUGAUCUAUGAAUUAGGUUGGAACUGGAAUGACAUGCAGUUGGCACAAGGAACAUUAGCAAGCCAUCUUCUAGAGUGUGGCUGCCAACUCACUGGAGGAUAUUUCAUGCACCCUGGAGAUGCAUACAGGGAUUUUCCUUUUGAACAACUUCUGGAUUUGUCUCUCCCAUUUGCCGAAGUUAGUUACAGAGGAGAAGUCAUUGUCAGUAAGGCAGAUGGCAGUGGAGGCCUUUUGAGUCCCCAUACAUGUGCUGAACAGCUUCUUUAUGAAGUUGGAGAUCCUGCAAAUUACAUAACUCCUGAUAUGGUUGUGGAUUUCUGUAAUGUACAGUUCCACCAAAUAUCAAAAGACAAGGUCCGCUGUGAUGGAUCAAAACCAUCUAAUGCUUGUUGCCCUGAGAAACUCCUGCAGUUAUCUCCUGCUGAAAGUGGAUGGAAAGGCUGGGGAGAGAUCUCAUAUGGGGGGCAUCAAUGUUUAAAGCGUGCCCAGGCAGCAGAAUACCUUGUAAGGUCGUGGAUAGGUGAAAGGUACCCAGGCAUUAAUGAAAAAAUUGUUUCAUAUGUCAUGGGCUAUGAUAGUCUGAAAGCUAUUGGAGGUGAUAAGGAUAGUUACUUGGCCAAGCAAGUAUUGGAUGUAAGGCUUCGGAUGGAUGGUCUCUUCGAGCUUGAAGAGCAUGCUGUUCAAUUUGUUGAAGAAUUUAUUGCUCUAUAUACAAAUGGUCCAGCUGCUGGCGGUGGAAUCAGCACUGGCCAUAGGAAGGAAAUUAUUCUACAAAAGAUGCUGGUUGAUCGGGAAAACAUCUUCUGGCGAUCGCAUGCAAAGAAGGCAAGCAUUCCUUGCCUACAGAAUCAAGCUGCAUAUUCUGAAACGGAUCAAAUACAUAUUUCACAAGCACAACAAAACCCAACAUGUCGUACAAUGGGCAUUCAACACUUUGAUGCAAGCAUGGAGACCCCAGCAUCCCCUGUUCCUGCUUUACCUGGGAAAAGGAUUGCUCUCUACCAUGUAGCUCACAGCAGGGCUGGUGAUAAGGGGAAUGAUAUGAACUUCUCUGUCAUUCCUCACUCCCCUGAUGACAUUGGCCGGCUUAGGUCCAUAAUAACUCCGGAUUGGGUGAAGAACGCUGUGUCACCUCUACUUGAUUUGUCUUCGUUUCCUGAUGAGCGAGCUAUUCAGCAUCGAAACAAUCUGCUUGAGCCUGUCACUGUGGAAAUUUACUACGUCCCAGGCAUAAGCUCCCUGAACGUUGUGGUGAGAAAUAUCCUGGAUGGUGGCGUGAACUGUUCGAGAAGGAUAGAUAGGCAUGGAAAGACCUUGUCAGAUCUCAUAUUGUGCCAAGAAGUUAUCUUACCGCCAUGA